AAGAGGAAAUCCAAAAUUGUUCGAAAUGUCUUCAUCGUAUUCUUCACUAGAGGAAUUUUGUUAUUAGUGAUUUCCGCGAGAUGGCGGUUGUUCCUAUCUCUCUUGACUAUUUUCUGAAGUGGCUGAACCAUCAGAAAAGACAUUCAGGACGAUCGAGUCUCCAUCUUUCUUUAACUGAGGCAUUGUUGCGUAUAGUUGCGCAUAGUCUAUCCUUAUCAGAGUUUACUGUGUGUCUCUCUUCCUCAGUGGGAUGAGGGCGCGCGCCAGAGAACUCUUCACUUGUGUAAUGGCCGCCAUCUGGCGUUGUCGUUGAUUCGGUCCCGUUGAUUAUUGCGCGAAAGAAUCUUCCAGGUUCUUGUACUUCCAUUAGAAGAAUUUAGUCCGUACGACUUACUUUGGUGUUGCGACGGUAGAACGAAGAAAACGUGCAUGGAUAACCUGAGGAUUGAUACUGCUUGGAAUGCAUAAAUAUCCUAGGAAAUGUGAAGGAAAUCAUCUUAUGUUUACGCGACGAAAUCAAUGUGGAAAGAAGAGAUAAAAUUAGAUAAUUUAAACGUUUUCCUUGUGCUCUUUGUGCUAACUAAGGAUUAAUGUUGUGGGUGAUGUUGUCGUUAUAUUGAGUCUGUGAAUAGUGCGACCGGUAUUGUGGAUAAUAUUUAGAUAUUAGACGAUAAACAAAAGUGACAGGAGGAGUUUUGGUAAUCAUGCUGCUGUCGUGACAGAAGUACUGUCUACAGUUUUAUGUAUUUCUUCUUUUUGGUUUUUGUUUUGUAGACUGUUUCGUAUCGUCACGUAUUGCCAGGAGUUUACGUUGCGCUUGUUCUAAAUCGAACUGCUUUAUUACGACCUUAGGAUUCCACGGAUUUAAUAGAACGUCGCAGUAGUGACUUGUACUUUCAGAAGGACUGACAACGUACAUUUUUUUUAUAUUGAGUGCUUGAUGUUAGACGUUGUACUAGUUUGUUAUUAGGAUUGUGACUUUAAUGGGGUACUAGAACAGUAAUUCUAUUCGGUUUAUGAAUAAUUUGUGAUCAUUGAGUAUUUCAGACAGUGUAUUGAAAAAUAUAUUCGAAUGACAGAGAUGGUCCAUUAGUUAGUUUUCAAUAACGGAGUAAAUGAAAGUGUCAGGUUAAAAUAUUACGAUGAGCAGUUACUUACUAAUAAUGGAUACCAUUGCAUUUUAAUUAAGUGAGACUUGUAUAUAAGAAACUGUUGGAGGAGCUUUCGAUGAUAGUUGUAAUGCAGGGUCUGCUGAGGACAUCUUUUGAAAUUUUUCAUAUUGCUCCUUUACAAUAACACCAAAAAUGUUUGGCAAAGUGCCUCCAUCAAAUACUCCAGGACCACCUGCAAAUACCUCAACAUCAAAAACUAAUGUCAGGCCCUCAGGAACAUGUCUACCAUGUUUCUCAAUAGAGGACAAUUCAGGUGUAGGAGUUGAUGGGAAAGAAUUGCCUUGGAGAUCCAAGGAUAAUGGAUCGAUUGUUUCCGAAGCACCAUGUAAUAUGCAAACAUGUAAUUCUCCAUAUGUUUUGCCCUUGGAAAUUAACCGAGCCUGUCGGAGCGAGGCAAUAAAUCCGUUCCCCAGGAGUUCUUCUGGAAAUACAAAAUCAAAGAAAUUCAUAAGUCUGAAGAAUUCUAUAUCAUCGAGUUCCAAUGUACACAAAUGUUCCUCAAAUCCCAACUGCCCCAGCCUUUUGACGACAAAUGGUUCCUCAAAGUCAUCAAGUACCAGCUGCUUAAAUUUUGAUGCAGCAAGUACUAGAGACUUACCUAAGAAGAAGUCUCUCUCGAGGAAACUAUCACCGCCGAAUGGAGAGCUCCUGCCAAAUACAGAGUUAAUUAACAGCAAUAAAGUAGCUGACCGGGUCCUUCCUAGAAGUAUCCCCUUCGCAACACCAUCUAGAGAUCAUCCUGCUGGAUCAUCCCAGUACGAUAAACCUGUUCAAAAUUUUGUGACAAGUUCUGCCACGAAUCCUGCCGUCAAUCCCACCGUCAUAAAUUCUGCCACUAAUUCCGUCACUGCCUGUAUGUCACCUUCGUCAACUACUACUCAAGAAUGGACUAGUGAGUCCUUCCCAAUAGAAGGCAGCGAAAGAAAUGUCGGAGUAGAAAGAGAAACAACACGCGGAAAGUCAAAGACAUGUAGCGAAACGACGUCGGCAAGUCCGUCAAAAAAUUCGUCCGGGAAGUCUGGGGAGAAUCAGGAGUCGUCGAUGACGUAUCAACCCCAAGAUAUGCCUACAGAAUUACAGUCUUCUCCUAGGAGCUACAAGGAUCGUGAAAAAUGCCGCGACCCGUGGCGACCAACAGAACUCGAAGGUAGCACCGGAAAUUUCAACAUCUGCAGUGGCGACGCAAUGCUCCAGGAUUUAUCAACAACUAGAAGGAGGACAGGCGCUUCCUGUCAAGCCUUAAGGCAUGCUGUGGCCUCCCUUAAUCGCCUCGACGACUUCUAUCUGGAGAAAAUUGGCGCUGGAUUCUUCUCUGAAGUCUACAAGGUCACCCACAAAGUUACGAGCCAGGUGAUGGUCCUAAAAAUGAACCAGCUUGCGGCGAACAGACCGAACAUGCUCAAGGAAGUUCAACUUAUGAACAAGCUGAGUCAUCCAAACAUAUUGAGGUUUAUGGGAGUUUGCGUCCACGAGGGUCAGCUUCAUGCUCUGACGGAAUAUAUUAAUGGCGGAAGUCUGGAACAGCUGAUAAUGGCGAGGCAGACGCCAUUGCCUCACCUGGUACGAAUGAACUUGGCGAGGGACGUGGCGAGGGGAAUGGUGUAUCUUCAUAGUAAAGGUCUCUUUCAUCGUGAUCUUACGUCCAAGAAUGUACUGAUAAAGAAGAGUGAGGAUUCUGAUUCGAAUCCAAGAUUGAGCGCAGUUGUUGGGGAUUUUGGAUUGGCUGCAAAAAUUCCUGAUCCGAGCUCAGGAUACCGUUUGAGUACUGUUGGCAGUCCUUAUUGGAUGUCGCCGGAAUGUCUGAAAGGACAUUGGUAUGAUCAUCGAUCGGAUGUCUUUUCCUUUGGAAUUGUUGUAUGUGAAUUGAUUGGUCGUGUACCGGCUGAUCCUGACGUUCUUCCACGGUCGGAUAAUUUUGGUCUUGAUUAUUUGGCUGUUGCCGAAAUUUGUGCUGCUGCUGAUCCGCCUCCGGCAUUUCUUCAACUCGCCUUUGACUGCUGCACGUAUGAACCUAAGUCGCGGCCAACCUUUCCGGAAAUUUUGUCAAACCUUGAUAGCCUUGUGAAGAGUUAUGAGGAUGACGAUGUCCAGGAACUUGGCCAAGAGGUUCAAAGUAAAGAAGAGGACCAGAGACAGUACCAGGCUGAUAAGGGAAUGGACAGGGAGAUUGAUAACUUGUUGAUGAGCACAGAAGACAAUCAGAAGGGAGUCCAGAUGAGGACUGAUAAGGAAACGGAUAACCGUGACGAAGAAUCACAGUCAAGGCGAAAUAGAAAUAGAAAUCGAUGUACUGUCAGUCUCGUAGAAGCUGACGAACGACUGACUGUUGCUUCGAGCCUGCUGUCAAAGAGACUGAAUGAUAGUGACGAUUUGAUCGCUGUCAGAGAAGGAUCAAGAACACAUAGACGUAGAGCAGCUGCGAGGCAGCGUAGUCACUCAGCGGAUGCUAGGGGCGUCGGUGUUGGUACCAGCAUCCCCGAUGGCUCAAUUGCUGGUGGGUACAGUAGCGGCAGUGGAGGAGAGUACGAAGGUCUCACGAUUGGUGUUGGUGCUGGAAUCGCCACUACCAUCGGUGGGUGUCCGGAGAAUGCCAGUCCUUCGGAGAAGGCACGAUGUCACUCGGCAAGGAGAGUAGCGGAACUUGCCAGUAGACGAGAUCCGCACUAUCGGCCGAUGACAGCAAAUCCCUUCCACGCUCUGGGCGGUGUCAAGAAGAUCCUCGGUGACCUCUUCUCGAGCUGUUUGGAACUGCCGUCCCUCGAGGACGUGAGACCUAUUGUAACCGAUGGAGGAACCUUGACCUCAUCAAAAUUUAAACCAGCUCAAAAUGACAGCAUAGCGAAGAUCCUCAACCGGAAAAAGCCUAGUAGCGAACCUAGCAGUCCGACUGCGCGUAAAAAGUGGGAGAGGAAGGUGGCAGCAACAAAGGUCGGUGCAGCUGCAAGCCUAUUCGGUCAUCCGCUCUUUCGAGAAGGUUGGGAACCUAGACGUCGGGGAAGCUGUGAAUCAGGCUUUUGGAGUUGCGUCGGUGAAGACCUCAGUCCGGAACCACCGAAUCGUCGACAUACUUCAACACUUAGUAGUUCCGCUGCAAGUAGCCUGUUCCUUUUGGACGAUCACAGGACCAGCUCAAUCUAUACCGAUUCCUCUGAGGAUAUAGCCAGUCUCGGUGGUGGUGACUCCUGCUGCUGGGAGGAAAGAUUUGGAGGAAUCGGUGGCAUUGGCGGAAUUGGAGGGAUCGGUGGAAUCGGGGGAAUCAGUGCCAUCGGUGGGAUUGGCUCUUCCAGUAAAACUAUAUCCAAGAUUGUCGAAUACUUUGAGAGAAAACAGGCAACAGUAGGAAGUCUUCGGCUUGGAGAAUCUACCCUAGAAUCCGCUACAUCCGGUGGCCCCAGUAGAAUAGCUCUUCUCAGGGCGAACCUAGAAGGCACUGUACCUCUCUGCAACAUCUCCGCAGCUCAACGACUCGUCGUCUGCGAUGGCGCUGUGCGAAGUAAAUUACCCCUUUUCGACAAGAAAUGAUCAAGCUUUAUCUGUUGCACCACAGCAUCAGUAUCACACAGGCUUAUCGAGGCUUCCAGUGUUGAAAAUGUGUAUGCUGAUGGCGCUGGUGUUCCUAUUAACAAUCUUGGCAACGGUGAUAAUGUUAUUAGUGCUGGUGAUGGUAAGAGUCGUGGCACUGACGAUGCUACUGAUUAUGGUGCUAGUGCUCGUGAUAGUGCUGCUCCCAGAAAGAGAGGAUGAGAAAUGGCAGUCUUCCAUUUGGUCAGUUCUUCCUAUUUUCACUAGUGGUCACUGGUCUCUGGCGGUAUUUUGCAGUUCCUAAUAUAACCAGCCAACUCCGUCCUAGAUACGUGGUUCAGGAUGUCCAAUUCAAAAUUCAAGAUUCACGACGUCCUGCCGAUGCCACAAGAUCUCGCAGCCCAAGCCUCCGAGUCCACCACGUUAUGGCGAUCAACCCGUCUUCCUUUAUCACCUUAAGUCCUGUACUCACUUCGUCGUCUACCUCUACCCAUCCACAUCCACCCUUCGCUGAGAUACUAAAACGCAGAAAUCGCAGUGAGGGAACAACAGGAGUACUUCCGUCCCGCUUAAUUAAAGUUCCCCUUGCGCCUUAAGGAUCGUGUCAAAUGUCCGAGUGUCGACGGCAUCAUUUCUCAUAACUUUUUAAGAAAGUCAUCAUAGGAUUAAGCCAACCGUGACGUCAAAAACUUCCAAGGAGUUAAAAGUCAUCCUUCGUUCUACGGAAACGGGACUAUUACGAGACACCUUUGAGUAACUGUUAACUGAGAUGACAGAAGCAGGGCCUAUAUUAUAAACAUUUAACUAUCAGGUCACUGUGGUCAAGAAGGUCGACUUCUUCUUGCCACACGAGGAAAAUCUUCGUCCUCAUCCAGUGCCGAAUGCUGUUGAUUUAAUUGAAUUGUAAAUUAUGAAGUGCGUAAACUCGCGUCAUGCGCAUGCGCGUAGUGGGGCGACAUCUACGUGUAUACUUUAUAAAAUGAAAACUACCGUAGAUACAUAGUAUAUUUUGUUGGUAAAUAAGUCCGCAAAGAAAAUCCUCGAUAUUUUUGUUGAUAUAAUUAUAAUCGUAACGUGCAGCGAGGAUCGGAGGUACAGGCAGGGCACAUAUUAUAUGAAACUGAUCUAGUCAGUGUAUUAAAUGAGGCGGCCUUAUAUUUUGUAUGUCCAUAGAGAGCUAAAAAGAGCAGAGUAAAAACAAAGUAAAAAGUUAAAUUUUACAAAUAGUACAGUGCUAUGCACUGAGAACUGUAUGAAGUCAAAAAAAGAAAGUACCGCGUGUAAGCUUUGUAAAAAUGGAGAAGCAGUUAUUUUUUUCAACGUUACGUAGUAAAAGAAAUUCUCUUAGCCUCCGGGCGCCAUCUUUUUAUAUUGCUCUUUUUCUGCAGGGUUUAACGAUCUUCUCUGGACGGUUUAAAUAUUUUCGAAGAAAAAAGAGUACUGCGAGUGAUGCGCCACGGAAAUAUUUCAAAAAAUAAAGAGUAUUAGUGCAUGCACACCGGAUAUAACGUAAGGACCUCUACCUCGAUUGAAAAAAUGAGGUCACUUCGGUAUUAAUUGUAAAUUUAAGGGUAUUUUCCGAAAUACACUGUCUAUACUAUCAGCAUGGUUGUGUCUCACUGUAACUGCAUGCAGAUUAACAGGAAGACAACGAUACUCGUAGGUACUGAUAGUCAAUUUUUGAAUUUACCCGAAGUCGUUGCGUUUACGUAAUUUUUCCACGAAUAAAUUCUAUUCAAUUAUAAUUCUCCUAAUCAACUUAGCUCCAAAUGAGAGCUUCGUAUAAUAAGACUGCGUGUUUGUUAAUUAUGAGUGAAAUAAGCGGGAAAAUUUAAAGCAAAAAAUCCUUUUCCUUCACCAUGAACGUUGCUUGUUGUUCAUCUUUCAUCUCCAUCUAAUUUUUAAUCAUUAUACUUUGAUCACCGUCCAAUAGCAUCAGUUGCGUAACACCAGAAGACUGUCUUAUACUGUCAAAUCAUAUAAGAGAGAGACCCUACCUGAAAACGGGACUGAUGCAAAACGACGAAUGUAUUACACCACGGGUUCUGGUCCACUGGUAUUAUCGUGGUAAAAAUUACGAGCAAUUUUGCAAUUAUAAUAAUUUAUAAGAACAUAUCAGAAAGUAGGCAUAUCUACCGGCCGCACCCUUUUUUUUUUCCUUAAUUGCUGUUAAAGCAACGGACACACGUACACGUGCAUAAACACAAAUCAUAGUUAACACGCAAAAUUAGGUUGGCAGCCGCAUUUUACCUUAAAUUAUUUAUUUCAUGUAUAAAAACAGACAUAUUACAUUACGUUGUAUUGUAUCGUAAUACAUUUCAUUCUAUUCUGUUAUAUUAUAUUAUAUUUACGUUAUAGUGUAACUAUACAUAAUGUGUAUUUAAAAGAAAAUGAAUUUUGCGUGCGUGCAGUGGUAUGUGCGUGUAUGAAAGAGAAUAUGAAAAAAGAUGAGGACGAGUUUUGAACUAAGUGAAACAAAUAAAAAAAAAUGGUCUCUUCCAUGUUUGACUUGUAACGAGGAGGGAUAAUUGUUUCUUUUUUUUUUCAUAAUGGUAAUACCAAUAGCAAUGCCGUCGCGACACUUUAGUAGACGCCUAUUGAAAGCGUCGUGAGAUCAGAAAUGGUGAUGGUCGGAAGUGGGACAAGGGUUAAACGUAUCACACCUUACACGUGGUUGGUUGUAAAUAUUUCUAUGAAGAUACGAAACCUCAGGGUGACUUCCAUUGGAGAUGGCGUCGCCGAUGAUAUAUAUAUAUACAUAUAUAUAUAUAUAUGAAAAAAUCGGACAACGUAUUAGGUCCUUGAUGGCGAACGAUGCGCUGUUCUCGAUUAACGAAUAUAACGAAAAAAGGAAGCGACAAUGAGGAUGAAAUAACGAUGAUAAUUAUGACGGGUGAUGAUAACAAUAAAGGCGAACGAUAAAUAAUAGCCGGUAAUAGUUAUGAAUAAACGUAAAAGAGAA